GAGAGUUAUAAAAUAUAUGAAUUUGUUUCAAAUGAACUUUUUACUUACGUUCGCCGCUGUUAUACGCUUCGAUUUAAAAGAGUACGUAGGAUUACAGGCAAGCUCUUGUGGACAUGGCCGAGGAAAUUCGUAUCUGACAGGCUUAUAUACAUGCAUUUACCUGAAACUAGCGGCUAGGCUGAACAAAUAUCCAGAAUGUCUGUUUUUGAAUGUGCCAAGAAGGAAGGAACUGUUAUAAAUAAAAGAGGACAAGUUCGGCCAAAGAGAUACAACAGCAAGUUUAAAAGAUUCAAAGUUGAGGAAGGAGGUGAUGUCAAAGAAAUAAAUUCUUCAACACCCUUAGUAACAAUCACUGAGGAAGAACCCCAGGAACAGCAACAUGAAGAACGAGAAAAUAACCCAGCCACAAAUUAUAAUGAACCCGAUGUGGAUGCAGGCAGUUUUGUGGAUCACACGGAGGAAAGUAGUUUCAUGGAUUUCAUUAAGGAACAGGAUGAAACUUUUUUAGAUGAUCUCAUCAGACUGCUUGAAGCUGAGCAGAAAUGGAAUAUAGCUAGUGAUGAUGCAGAAGAUAUCAAUUUGGGUAAUGAGGAUGAAGAGGAUGAAGAGGAGGAGGAUAAAUCAAAUAUUGAUGACGACAUGCCUAUAGAGGAUGGUCAUUUUUUGACAGUGAAAACAAGUGUGUUGUUAAUUUGGCUGCUUGCUAUGACUCAUUCUUUUACAGCACAGAUGCUUGCUGACACAUUAACAGUAAUUAAUUUACAUUUGUUAGUGGGGUACCCUGCAUUGAAAAGUGUUUAUAGGUUUAAAAGAUAUUUUGGAUACUUGAAGUCAGCUUUUAUAAAGCAUCACUACUGCUCAUUUUGCUUAGCAGAGAUUGAAGCAGAUGAAAAAGUAUGUCCAAAUGGAUUAUGUGGGAAAACUUUAACAAAUUCAAAAGAAUAUUUUUUAGAAUUGCCAAUACUAUCUCAGUUAAAUGCUAUGUUUACAAGAGAAGAAUUUAGAGAGGGUUUGAAAUACAAGUCGCAACGAGUUACAAGAAGAGAAAACAACAUUGAAGAUGUUUAUGACUGUGAAAAUUACAAAGUGCUAUUUGGGGAGAAAAAAACUCUGAAUGAAAAUAAUGAAAGCCAUUUAUCAUUCAUAUUUAAUACAGAUGGAAUACCAAUCUUCAAAUCCAGCAAAACAUCUAUUUGGCCGAUAUUUCUCAUGGUUAAUGAGCUACCAUACCGAAUGCGAAAAUCUAGGGAAAAUAUGCUUAUGUGUGGUCUGUGGUUUGGGAAAUCCAAACCAGAUAUGAAUAUGUUUUGCAAUUUUUUUCAUCAAAGUUUAUUGAAUUUACAAAAGGGGGUUAUUAUUGAACCUAAAGGAACAGACCAGGCUUUAAAAAUUAUGGGUAUCUGUACUCUGUGUCAUGUGACAUACCAGCACGCAGCACGUUGAUGAACAUGAAUCAACACAACGGCGAAUCUUGCUGCCCAAAAUGUUUACAGUCUGGCAAAAAUUUAAGAACUCCAACUGGAGGCAAUGUCAGAAUUUUUCCUUACCAAGAAACUGAUUCAGUUGGGCCAAAGAGAGAUGCACAUGGUAUGAUUGAAGAUGCAUACAAAUGUUCAACUUCUAAAGUAGGACAUAUUAAUGGCAUAAAAGGGCCCUCAAUUUUGAUGUUUUGUCCCAAGUAUGAUCCUGUACAAAAUGUGUCCAUAGAUAUAAUGCAUCUACUGUUUUUAGGUAUUAUGCGUAUGUUAAUGAAGUUGUGGUUUAAUGUCUCACACAGUUUGCAUUCAUUUUCACUUUACAAGUAUCUUGAUAUUAUUGAUGAAAGACUGUUGAAUAUUAAACCCUCUCAUUUUGUUACACGUAUGCCAAGAUCAAUCGCAGACAGUUUAAAAUUUUGGAAAGCAGCAGAAUACAGGUCAUGGUUUUUCUAUUAUUCUGUGCCUUGUAUUGCAGAUUUCAUGCACCCUAGAUUCUUGUACCAUUAUUGUGCUUUAUUAGAGGGCAUUUAUCUGUUGAACCAAACAAGUAUUUCUGCUGAGGAUAUUGUUAAAAGUGAGCGUUUAUUGAAUUAUUUUGUUUUUAUGUUUCCUUGCUUGUAUGGCGAGAGAUAUAUGACUAUAAACAUGCACUCCUUACUUCACCUUCCUGAUAUGGUGCGCAAAAUUGGACCAUUGUGGGCCAUUUCAUGUUUUCCAUUUGAGUCUGCUAAUGGUGACCUUUUAAAGCUAUUUCAUGGUACGCAGUUUAUAGAUAUUCAAAUAAUAAAUGCAGUACACGUUUUUCAGAUGUUGCCAUCUUUGUCGAACUUGACAAUGUUCUCUUCACCAAGAGCAAAUCAGUUAGUAAGUUCAUUGAUAAGAAAGAAUCCCCCAAGACAUCACAUUUUCAUCUUUGUGGCAAAGGCUAUGAAAAACAGAUUUGUGAAAGAGACAUACAAAUGAUUUUGAGAGAGUCACAAUUACCAGGUUGUAAAUUUGUUUUUCACAGUAGAGCUAAGUUGAGAGGUAUUAUGUACCAUUCACUUGAUUAUACCAGAACAAAAUGUAGAAACUCUUACACUGUGAAAUUUAAAAACAGCAAAGGCCUAAUCAGUUAUGGUUUUAUUUGUUGGUAUGUAGAAUGCUGCCAUGAUUAUAACACAGACAGAAACAAUAUUUUUGCUUGUAUUUCUCUUCUGUGCGAGGAUAACAAAUGUAUUUUUGAUUUUCAUCAUUUGAGAAUUGUAGCAGAUAACUGUAUAAAAUCAAACUUUUUAGAUUUGUCCUUGCCCAAUAUUCAUUUCGUUGUAAAAAGUGAUAUAAAAUACAUUGUUCCAGUUCAAAACAUUUUAGAUUUGUGUUUGUAUAUAGAAACCGAUAAGUUGGCUUUAGUAUGUGAUGAGCCAAAUCACUUUGAGGUAAAUCUUUGAAUGCAUUUUCAAUAUACAAUUGAAUUCAUAUCCAAUUUAUUAAUACUUAUAUCCUUGAUGUGCUGUGUUCCAAGAAUUUCCUUUUAAAUUUUUUUUUUAAAAUGUCACCCUUCAUUUUAUUAAAUUGAAUGAAUUUUAGAAGAUAUUGACAAUUGAGCUUAAUGACUAUAUUAUACAUGUUGUACAUACCAGUAUGUGGUAAUUCAUUAUUGCAAUGCUUUAUUUCUGCAUGAUAAAUAAAUUGCAGUUUAUAAUUAUUAAAACUGAUAUUUUUCUGUUCUCUUUCAAAUUAAGGUUAUUAUUGAUGUAUGUUAUUCAAUCUCUUAUUUCUAAAUCGCCGUGUUGGAGUGAAAGGUUGCAUAUUU